AGACAAGCUACUGGAUUUCAUCCACUUUGGGAGGGAGGAUUUUGUAUGAGGGGGUCGGACUGGUGGGUCGCGGAGCUGGCGGCAGGGUUAUCGCCCUCUGGAGUUAGGGGGGAGUGUGUGUCUGUCUUUGAUGGCGCCCCCAUCUCUAGGAUCCCCCUGAGCACUUGUUUUAUGUUCGAUUGGCCUCUGCUUUUUCUAUCUCGAAAACCUUUAUUCCGUGGGUCAGGGAGCCAGUGUAGCACUUGCUGCUUGCUAAAAAUCCUUGUCUCGGCUUCAUGAUCAGUCACUGAUGAGUACUGAAAGACGUGUCUGGGAUUUCACUAGGCUUAUCUUUAAGUGGUCCCAGGAGAAAAUUCCAUUUAUUUUCCAACAGAAGGGGUGGCUGAGCGGCCCACGGUCCGUCCUCCCGAGGGAUCAAGGGUGCCGCCGGAGAAGGGGGUGAGGACCACGGGGGGACCCCGAGCAGUCUGCAGGGGUCCUGUCCUGGUUGGCAGAGUCACAGGACAGGUGUACAGGUGUCCCCGCCCCAACCCCCUGGGGCAUGCGACUAUGGGAUGUGGAGAAAGGGACUGUGCAGAUGUGACUGCGAGUGUCCCGGAGGCAUCACACGAGUCCUUAAGGGUGGGCAGCUUUCCCAGGUGCGGUCAGAAGAAGAGAGAGGAUGCUCGGCCAGGGAUGUGGUCUUGCCGGCUUCCGCGGCAAGGAAGGCGGGCCCUGAGCAGGGAGCAGGGGUGCUCUCUAGAAGCCACGAGCGCUGCCCUUGGCUCUGUCCUCUCUCAGCGAGGAGUCUCGUCAGCCUAUAGGUGGCUUCAGCUUUCCAUGAAGACACUACGGUCUUCUUAGUGCAGCGAAUCUGCAUCUUUCCGCCGGGAUGUCAGAAGUUUUCGUAGUGGGAUUGUGGUCUGAGGGCACGUUUAAAACCUUGAUGGAUCUGGCACAUGCUCCCCUCCCCCAGUGCCGAGGGGACCACUUUCUGGUGCGUGGGAACCAUGGGGAUACCCGGCCGGGUUCCCAGUCCCACCCAUCCGAAGCGAGGAAAAGGGGGUGACGGUGCUUUGAUCCAAUCCGUCUGAUGAACCUAGUAGGAAGGCUUUGGGAAUUUAGGUGCCAAGGGAGAGAACUGGCCUGGAGGGUUUGGGGGGGCCUCAGAGUCAUGGGGAGGGUCUCCGUCUUGAGCUCACUUGUGCUGUGGGAACGUGAGAGCAGCUGGCUCCGGUCGGGCUUUCCUGGGACCCCUCCAGGGGUGUGCCCAGCAGCGUGGAGGGGAGGGGGCGUUGAGGGGAGCCUGGGGUCCCUCCAGUGCCGUCGGGGCGUGAGGAGCCGGCCAGGCAGCCCCUGGAACUAGAGGGGGGGAGGGCAGGACGUCCUCGCAGGCGGCGGCUGUGGGCUGUGUGGGCCCUGGGGUGUCCUGUAAGGGCCUAGAGAACCCACAGGGAGCAGGUGUUUGUGUCGAACAUGAGCUCAUCCACCAAGAUUGUGCUGAACAAAAGAAAUGAGAACUUCUCAGUGGUUUCCGAGAAACCACAGAAAAAUGGCUGGUGGGAGGGCUCUGUAAGGCCGGCUGCUGUCGGACACGAAGGCAGAGAGAUGGACCGGCUGGAAAGAAGUGGCCUCUGGGGCAAGAAGAAACCCAGGCUGGAAGAAGAGAAAGCAGGCAGCGAGCUCCAACAAAUCCUGCCCAGUGAUGCCCGGGGGAACCCGAGGCAACAGCGCAAGGGCCGUCCUCCAAAGCUGGCACAGUGGCUCACAGGGUUUUCGGGACGAUUCCUCAGAAACAAAAGACCCCGCAAUGUUUUUCAUCUGACAGAAAAUUCCAAAGGUUUUUGCUCACGUGUUCAUCAUUUCGUGCAGUAUUUACUGUACGUGCCAGCCUUGCAAAUGUCACUCUGGGCGCCUGGAGGGGACUGGGCACAGCAAGAAGUGUGCCUGGACCCCCAAGGCUUCCUGGAGUUGGUCCAGGAUGGGUGGUUCCUGGAGGCCUGCCAGAGCAUCUCCAGGUUGGAGGAGGAAGGGCAGGACUGCGGCGCCCAGUAUGAGGCUGUGGCCCGGAGCAUGUGGCAGGUUGUCCAGCAGGCUCUGGAUGGCACCGGGCCCAGCCAGGAGCUGGAGCAGAAGCUCCGGGCGGUGCUGGCCACUGUGGAGUGGACACAGGACCAGCAUGAAAGGCGGAAGGCCAGUGCCCCCCAGGACAGCGGAGUGGCCACCUGGGCUGGUCAGCUGAAUAAGCUACUGAGAAAUGAUGCUGAGACCCAAGUGCCCACCCUGGGCCCCAAGGACCAGCUGGACCUGUACCUGGAGAAGCUAGACAAGGCAGUGAGACAGGGCCUGGGGUCCCCGCGGGCGAGCCGGUUGGGGACCUGCCUCUGGGAGGUCUACAGGACGUACUUCCACGAGGUUCUCCUUGGCCGCCUCUCCGAGCUCACUCAGUCCUGCGGUGCCGACUUGAAAAGCUGUCAGGUCCUGUACACCUGGGGCAAGACCAACUUGUUCGAGCAGCCUGGCAGGGAGACACUUGCAAAAGCGUGCCGGACCUCCUGGGAGCCAGUGGUUGGGCACCUCCUGGACCCCCUGAUGUUUGUUACUUGGAUGUCCCAAAUGCAGCAGAUGCUGGUAGGGCUGAUCCAGGAAGAGUUGAGAAAGCAUCUAGACAGAGUCCUGUUCUACGAUCUGAAAAAGUGGGCCCAGUGUUCCCACCCAACGUUUCUCGACGUUUUCCAGCUGCUGGAAGAAGGCAUGAAUGCAGCACACCCCAUGGGACUACCUAUUAGUAGCCAGGUGCAAGGGAUGAUUCUGGAAACAUUUUCAGACUUUCUGAAAAGCUACCAGCAGAAGGCUGUCGGCUUCAUCCAGCAGAACGCGGUCGCUGGGGCCUUCCCGGAGCUGCACGUGCUGGCAAACUGCUGCAUCCUCAGGGAAACGUGGCAGGAGCUGACCCAGAAACGGGAUCCGCUGGUGGAUCUGGGCCCCUGUGUGCAAGGGACCAUCCAUGACAUUGAGGACCACAGCCGGGAUCACCUCCUGCCUAGAGUCAGAGCCUUGUGCCAGGGCAGGUGGAGUCCCUUCACUAUGUCCCAGAGCCUCUGCCUGCCCACCUUUGUCUCCCCUGAGCUGUGGCUGCCACAUACCACAGAGAAUGCAGUCCCCGAGGAUACCCAGGGCCUGGCCCCAGAGCUGACGUCUUGAGAGGGCAAGGUGGUCUCCUAGGAUGUGGAAAUCACGGGAAGGCAUUUCUCAUUCAAACUGAAGGUUCAGGGCACUGUCCUCAUGGGGCUUCCUGGGUGGAAGAUAAGAGGUAGUAGCGGGCAGGUCUCCGUUCCUGCAGCUCUGUCCAGUGACCCGUUUUCCACUGCGCCACCGGCUCCUGAGACAUCUGCCAUUGGAUUUUCCACAGAGAUUUGAGUGCCUGGGAGGACCCAGCGAGGUCGUGCCCUUCCAGGAAUGCUGACAUGCUGCCUUGCCUCUCCCUGGGCCGUGGCAGACCUUACUAGUCAAUCCCAGCAUCCUGUUGGGAGCCAUUUGGAGCCAGGGGGUCCUUCUCUACACAGAGCUCAUGGAUUGGCCUUGGCACCCAGUUUUGUAGAUGAGGUGGAUGAGGCUGUGGAAGGGCACUGGUGGGCGGGGAUGCCAGGGGACUUCUUGGAUCCCCUGGUUAAACACCGAGCAGGCUGGCCUUGCCACUUCUGCCCAUCCCCUCUGGUGUCCACUGAGAACCAAGCAGGCCCUUGUCCCAUGUCUCAGGAGGCUAAUCUGGAGGGAGAGGUAUCAUGGAGGUCCCGUGUGAGGCCUUGGUCGUGUGGGGACCCAGGGGAGAGACCUGGGCGGACUUGGGAGGGCACCAAGGAGGAGCUCAAGUCAAGGGCUGCACUAGGAAUCUGGGCCGCUCCUGGGAAUUGGCGGGGAGAGGGUGGACAGUGGAUGCGCCACUGGCUCCCUCCGUGUGGUCCCUUCUGGUCCGGGACUGCAUGCCCAGUGAGGAGAGGCAGGGCCUGUGAGGCUGGAGAGAGUAGGCAAGGGUGGGAGAGAGCCGAGCCAGCCGGGCGCCGGGGGCCUCCGUGACGUCAGACCCUCCUGUCCUCAGAGUCUGCUGAGGGACCACUUCGGGCAGAAGAACAAGGGUCUGGUUGGAGCUCUGCAGUUCCCGUGGCAGGGCCUGGAGGGCUGCCCCACCGUGC